GAUCCAAAUGAAGAUACAGAAUGGAAUGAAAUUUUAAGAGAUUUUGGCAUUCUUCCUCCAAAAGAAGAGCCCAGAGAUGAGAUUGAAGAAAUGGUUUUACGUUUACAGAAAGAAGCGAUGGUUAAACCAUAUGAAAAGAUGACCCUGGCGCAGCUGAAAGAAGGUGAAGACGAAUUUGAUGAGGAAGACAUCAAAGCUCUUGAGACAUAUAGAGAAAAGCGGUUACAAGAGUGGAAAGCACUUAUAAAGAAACAAAAGUUUGGAGAAUUAAGAGAAAUUUCUGGAAAUCAGUAUGUGAAUGAAGUCACCAAUGCAGAAAAAGAUUUGUGGGUUAUAAUUCAUCUGUACAGAACAAGCAUCCCAAUGUGUUUGCUGGUUAACCAACAUCUUAGUCUCCUAGCAAGAAAGUUUCCGGAAACGAAAUUUGUUAAAGCCAUCGUGAAUAGCUGCAUUCAACACUACCAUGACAAUUGUUUACCAACAAUUUUUGUUUAUAAAAAUGGUCAGAUAGAAGGGCAAUUCAUUGGAGUUAUAGAAUGUGGCGGGAUAAAUCUCAAACUAGAAGAACUUGAAUGGAAGCUAUCAGAAGUUGGAGCCAUACAGACUGAUUUGGAGGAGAACCCUAAAAAAGGCAUUCCAGAUGUGAUGAUCUCCUCAAUUAGAAACACUUCGAUCCACGACAGUGAUAGCUCCAACAGUGACAAUGAGACCAAAUAG